GGGAGGAGGGGGAGAGAGACUCUGGGCUGCCGCCGCUGCCUUGUGGGUUUCGUUACACUCGCUGGCAGGCUGAGUGCCGGCUCCCUCGCCCGCCUGCCUGGGAAAGUGGGUUACAGAGGGAAGAGGCUCAGCUCAGACACUGGCAAAGGAGCAUCCAGCCACCGAGGGACCAGAGAACACCUUCCUUUUUGCCGGCUUCUCGUCACCUUUUUCUAGAGGGUUUUUUAUAUUUGUACUCUCUUCUUUGAAAUUUUGUUCCUUUGACUUUUUCCCAUCUCUGCUCGGGUUUUACGAGGGCUUUGUUAAGUCUUAAGAGGGAAAAGAGGCUGAGCCAGGCAAAGAGAGAGGCCAAGUGGAAAGGACCGCAAAUUGGCAAAGCCCGUUCUGCCUUUGCCGUGGAUGAAAGCCCUCUGUUUGUAAAGCCCUCUCGGCGCGAGCAGCACGCGCACACCCUCCAGAGUCGCCCGCGACCCGCACCUCGGCGUGGCCACCAUGGUCGCUAGAGUUCAGCCCGAUCGGAAACAGUUGCCGCUGGUCCUACUGAGAUUGCUCUGCCUUCUUCCCACAGGACUGCCCGUUCGCAGCGUGGAUUUUAACCGAGGCACCGACAACAUCACCGUGAGGCAGGGGGACACGGCCAUCCUCAGGUGUGUUGUAGAAGAUAAGAACUCGAAGGUGGCCUGGUUGAACCGUUCUGGCAUCAUUUUUGCUGGGCAUGACAAGUGGUCUCUGGACCCCCGGGUCGAGCUGGAGAAACGCCAUUCUCUGGAAUACAGCCUCCGAAUCCAGAAGGUGGAUGUCUAUGAUGAGGGUUCCUACACUUGCUCGGUGCAGACACAGCAUGAGCCCAAGACCUCCCAAGUUUACUUGAUCGUGCAAGUUCCACCAAAGAUCUCCAACAUAUCCUCGGAUGUCACUGUGAAUGAGGGCAGCAACGUGACCCUGGUCUGCAUGGCUAAUGGCCGUCCUGAACCUGUUAUCACCUGGAGACACCUUACACCAACUGGAAGAGAGUUUGAAGGAGAAGAAGAGUAUCUGGAGAUCCUCGGCAUCACCAGGGAGCAGUCAGGCAAAUACGAGUGCAAAGCUGCCAAUGAGGUCUCCUCGGCGGACGUCAAACAAGUCAAGGUCACUGUGAACUAUCCUCCCACUAUCACGGAAUCCAAGAGCAAUGAAGCCACCACAGGGCGAAAAGCUUCCCUCAAAUGUGAGGCCUCGGCGGUGCCCGCGCCCGACUUUGAGUGGUACCGGGAUGACACCAGGAUAAACAGUGCCAAUGGCCUCGAGAUUAAGAGCACGGAGGGCCAGUCCUCCCUGACGGUGACCAACGUCACUGAGGAGCACUAUGGCAACUAUACCUGCGUGGCUGCCAACAACCUGGGGGUCACCAAUGCCAGCCUCGUCCUUUUCAAGCGUGUUUUACCCACAAUCCCCCACCCCAUUCAAGGUCAGUAUGAUUUUUAUCGUUGUAGCUCUGUUGCUGGGUCAUUCUCCAUCACCUAUAAUGGGCAAAACCCACAAAGGGAAACACGUUUACAAAAUUCACGGACAAUAGGAAUCAUUUUUUUUUUCUUUAAACCUUCCUCCAAAGGUCAAUCAAUUGCCCUCACCCUAGUUGAGAGGCAGGUAACAGGUCCCAGUAAUUGGGGAGACAAUGCUAAACUCAGAAAGCAAUUUUUGUUCAGUUAGUAUUUAUUGCAGGUAACCAUGAAUUCACAUAUUUGAAACACAGCCAGUUAAAGUCUGUAGCUCAUAAAAAUAUGACUCCUCUAACUGACCACCCAUGCAUUUGUAGGCUUAUACAAUCCAAAUCUGAGGUCACUGGUAUUGCUUGUAAAAAUGAAUUUAUCUACUACCAAAGGUUGAACUAAACCACAGCGGACAUUACUUUUUCUUAAAAUCCUGGUCUAUUUGGGGGCUUUUCCUUUUCAACAUAACUAUUUUAGAAAACACAAAUGAAAAAACAAAGUAGUCAUUCUGUAUUCCCUAUCAUAGAACUUUCUACACACUCAAAUUAAAUUUUGCCUCCUACAUCACAUUAAGAUGCAAGUUGCAGCCCCAACUUUCUGGCUUAAGGCUAUUUAAAGGCAAAUUGGCAAAUAAAAUUAAAACAAUACAAAAAAAAUCUGAAAUAAAACCAACCCUACCAAUGAAAUUAAGUUCAAGAAAAGUGAUUUGCAAGUGACACUCAAAGACCUGAGAAAAAAUGGAAGUAGGCCAUGUGGGGCCUAGUGUGGAAAAAAAUAAAUCCAAUUAUACAAGAUUAUUGUAUACACUAUAAGGGAAAUGCGCUCAGAAUUAAAGGUAGAAAGCUGCUGUUUUAUAAGUUUGGAGACAGAUCGUGUUUCAUUAACACUUGUCCAAACUAAAAAUUAGGCCAGAAUGGGGUGUAGAUAUGCAGAGUGUCAAUAAUAUAAUGUUUUGCAUAUGUAUACAUUCACGUAUAUGCAAACUUAUUUUAAUUAUAUUAGAAAUAAGAAGUGCAAGGUUUCAAGGAUGAACUCGACAGCUUAAUAAAAGUUAUUCUCAAAUUUUAAGUAGGGCCCAAACUAUUUUUAGAAGAACUCUGUUGAAUAAAAUUCUUCCCUGAAACAUUGAUGAAAUCUGUUACUUAUCCCCGCCACUAAAAAUAAGACUGUUAAAAUGUGCCUGUUUUUCAGACUUGACAUGAAACUUAGUGUUCAUGGAAAGUAUCCUAUUUUGAAUUCCUGACAUGCCACAAUUAUUUUAAGACAUUUAUCUUCUGGUGUUGCUGCAGAGAUUGACACCAUUUUAUCAUGUUGACAUCUUGCAGAGAUCUUGAUGUGACAAACACACACACAUACACAUUUGUACCCAGUGGAUAGCAUUUUGAAAGAGGUCGUGCUCCAUCCAAGAUGAGCUUUGUAGAGUGUCACUGUGACUCAGGGUGUCCUUUGUGAGAGCAGUUCUGCAGCCACAACUCAAAUAUUUUAUCUGAUCAGUCUUUAUGAAAUGUAAGACACUGAACAAAAUGAAGCCAGACACACUGUUCACAAAGGACAGCUGUUUGAUAUUGAAAAACAGUCUGGAUCAGGACAGAGCAUGUGGGGUUUUGUUGAACUUGAUAUUUUUCCACAAACAGAAUUGUUGAUUGGAGAAUGACCCUCGUUUGGUUUUGUGUUGUAGAUAGACUGUAGAUAGCUUCCUUAGAGCCAAUAGUUUUAGAGAAUAUAGUUUCUCUUACUACUAAUACUGAGGGCUUCUGCUAGUAGAAAUUGAAAAGCUGUUCAUGGAGACUUGGGGGUAGCUGGUGUGAGAGGUUAUUAUAGAAAGACAGUGCCCUCUCAACUUCCCUGUUUCUCACGAGGACUUUAACUUUCUAGAAUCAAAACUCUUUUCUCCUCUUCUUUCCAAUCAAGUUGGCAACCCAUGUGAAAUGCAGUUUCUUAUGGAAAAAAAAAACUUUCAACAUAUGGAAUCCUUAACCUUUUUCAUAGUGCCCCUGGAGUACCAAAACAUCUAAAAUGCCUGCUUCACUGUGGUCAUAACUAAAGCAUGAAACACUUUCACUUAAUUAAAUAGUAUAUAUUGUCAACAUCUAUGUAGAAUCCUACCAUUCUACCCUGAAGUGUUAAGGUGUCUAUAGGCAGUUGGUUGAUGCAAAUGGCUUGAAGGAUUUUUGAGCCAAUUAAUUUCCUUAAGGUGUUUUGAAAAUCCCAAGGCUCCUCUUCUGUCCUCCCAUCAUAAAAAAAGAGAGAAAGAGAGAACUUUUCUACUUUCCAUUAACAGAAACGCAAGUUUAAUCUCAGCUGCUUCACUGUUAAUAUCUCUCAUUGGCGGGUCACCCCUCCUACCCCCACUCUACGGCUCAUCAAGCUGACUGGGGAUAAACAGCAGAAUCGCAGCAGGAAUGCCGUCUAAACCCCUUCAAGCUGUGAUUAAACAAAAACAAGGCUCAAUAAAUCAAAUGUUUUUCCCUUGGGUUUCCUUCAUCAUAUUGCUUGAUUUUCUGCAGUGAUAAUAAUAAUACUGGAAUUACACCAAAGGAUAAUUUACAUUGUCUGUGGCCAAUCAGAAAUUUUCAAAUGUCCUUUCCUUUUAUGCCAAAAACAAAACCAAACCAACCAAACAAAAUAAACCACCAUGCUUCCCUGCUGCCUAAUUUAAAAGAUAUACAUAUAUAUAAGUAAAUAAAACAAAUAGUGUUCCAUUUUUUAUGUUUCUGAUAGGUGUUUUUUUCCCCAUUAAUUUUAAUUUAGGUUUAUUUAUUCUGAUAUGAGUCCUGAAUUGCAUAUAUUUGCAUAACUACCCCUGACUGUAUCACUGCAGAAAAUCCACUGAAUUGUCAAAAUGACGGAAGAGCCAGCUCUAAAUGUCUGAGGGAAAUUUUCUCACUUUGUUAAGCUCAAAUCAUUUCCUGAGGCCUUGGAAUCCUAAGAAGUGGUAACACUGCGCCUGUCUCCUCCCCAUAAGUUUACUUGUGCACUAGAGAUGCUCUCACAUUUAGGACCGCAGGUGCAGAAUGAGGUGACAACACCCACCUCAGGAAGUUCAAAUGAAGGGAAAGAAGAGAAAAGGACAAGGACAAACCACCAUUGUUGUGUGUUUAUCACCUGCAAGUGAAGAAUUCCCUUGAGCUCGGGGCUUUCUGGCCACAAUCAGCCCAUCCUCUGAUUACUGCCACUUUAAAAAAAAAAAAUUAACAGCCCUGGAAUCUGUCUCCCUUGUUUGCCUCGCAUCUGAUUAUUUAUCCCCAGUGAACAGCCUUUCCAUUCACUAACCCCGUGUGGCGAAUGGGUUUGGGAAAUGUUGAGAUUAUCUUCCAAGUUCAGGCACUGCACUAGGUUUGUUCACAGCUGCUUGCCAUUCCGUUCCUGUUUCUCCAUUGAUAAAACACAUUGCACAUGGCUGGGUUUGCAUGAUUAAUACAGCUGUCUAAAGCUCUCUAUGAAAACAAAUCAACCCCCCCCCCCAAAUUAAAGUUUGAAAAAAAUUAAAACCCAACCCACAAACUAACCAGGCUUGCAGAAAUCUGCAGUCCACCUGGCUUGCUUCCCCCUGCAGGGAGAUUGGUGCUGCUGUGGGUGGGCCAGCAUCAGAACAGCCAGACAGAGGAAGCGAUGCACCCGCCCUCACCUGGCACUCCCAGAAAUGGGUUCUCCAAUCAGAUUCCACUGGGAUGGGAGGAAAACUGGGAGAAAAAUCCUAAAAAUACCCCAUGCUGUGAAGAUGACCAGACAACCCUUUCAGCCUCAUCUAUUUCUGUAGGCUAUUAUCCCAGGUAUCAAUGAGAAAAUGCUUGUUUUCAGCUCCUUAUCAUGACAGCAGUUUCAUCUUACCUACUAAUGAUUGUAAUAUUAUUAAUAGUAAUAAUAAUAAUGGUAAUAAUAAUAGCAGCUAACAUAAAGAGUGGGCAUCUCAUGAACCAAGUAUCGCACGUAUAAAUCCAAUUAAUCUCCAGAACCCUAAGAAACUAACAUGCACCUUCUCCCACACUCUCCACCAUCACAGUACACUCAGAUUCCAGUCUAUUCCUUGUGUGCACCCAGGCACAGACAUAACUCUAUGGUACAUUAUAAAUAACCAUUAUGUAUGCAUUGAUGCUCAUUAGAUACAUAUUAGAUAUAUUUGUCUAAUGAAUUUUAAAUACUUAUCUAAUUUAUUUUAUGUAUUUUAUGUACCUAUGUUUAUAAUAUAUAAUAUUCAGUUACCUUAAUGUCCAUACACUUUUACAAAGUCCACUUCCACGUGUGCUCAACACGUGGACAUGUAUGCCCAGCUCAUACAGAGAUUUAUAUGAAAGCACUCAUCUUUCAGAAACACAAGCCGAGCUAUCUGGCAUCAGCACAUCUAAUUUCACACACUUAUUCAGGCUGAUUUACAUACACACCUCUAUUAAUCAUGGAUAAUUACUAACAUUCUUCUCUUUAAUUCAGUUUUUCCAACUGUGAAAUGGGAAAGAAAUUACAUUUUUCAUGCCUGCAAGCUCAAAGUGGUGUUUUAAAUAAUAUAUAAAAGAGAGCUUCAAGUUCCUAGAAAGAAAACCUGCUGAGUUCAAAACAAUCAUAUUCAGAUACACAGAUGUCUUAAUUUUCCAAGGUGCUUAUAUUUAAAGGUGUACUUGUAUCACGUUGCCUGGAUAUUAGUUAGCUAAAAGUUUGGUGUGGCUUCAUCAUAGUUUGACAUAUUUGGGAUUCUAGGGAUGUCUGAAAUGCCCAGACUGCUAACAAGUGUAAAUACAGAAGUAUGCCAAGGCCAAAUGCAGAAGACUUUCCCUUGUUUUUUAGCACCAUCAUAGUAUUACACUUAAGGGGCACUGCAGGCAGCCCCAUUCCCUACUGUGGGGCGCACACUCACACACUCACACGCUUGCAGUGGAUGCCCAUAUGCACAUUACCACCUGUCACACUAACCCAUAAGUAUCAACCUCAAGAACCUCCCCUUUUUCCUGCUCAAAGAUGUAAAGCAUGUCCUAGGGAAGGCUUCAGUGUUUAAGUACAUUGCUCCUUCCCCACUAGCCAGCAGAAACCAGGGACUUGUUUUUGUUGAUAGAAGCUAGGCAGUCCUGUCAGCACAAAGUUACACCAAAAUCAUGGGCCCUGAUUAAUCCACAUGAAGAUAAUUGAGAGCUGACAUUAAUACCUGAUAACCAUCUCCCAACUCCUUUAAUGGCAAUAAGAAUCAGACUUCCUCCCGAUUUAUCCCAAGUCAGGUAGUCAGUCAAUACCUCACCCAGAACCAGUACUUCACCUGCUAGUCCAAUGAUUUAGACUCCACCGUAAUAGGUGGUCCAAACCACUGAAUUAGACCCAGUUGUACCAAGCACUUCUGUCCACUGACUCUACUUCUGUGUGUUACUUUUCUCACCUUUUCAUUCUUCCUUCUGCUCUGUUUCCUAAACAGUUCUUUUGCCCUCCCUGUUAAAAUGUUCUAUCAAGAAUAAAUCUGAAAUUUAUUCACACGAUUAUUCAAAUGUCCAACAGAGGCUUGGAAGUGUUACCUCUCUCAGAAUUUACAUUUAGCUUCAAGCUAAACGGCUAAAAACCCUACAGCAUCAAUUUAAAGGUAAGGGAAUCUUUAGUCCUGGGACUGUUUUUAAUGCCUUUUCCUAUUUUCCUAGUCUGGGUCUGCCUGCACCAGUCAGCCUUUCCUGGUGAUCCCCCGUACGUAUGCCUUGCUGUGCUAUUUAGAUUUCUGGAGCCAGCAGAGAUCUGAAGAUGAAUUUUUUUUUUUAAAUCCAAGCUCCCACUAAAUUUUAAUUUGAUGGAAAUAUUUCUGUUCUAUGAGCUUUCUGGGGAAAAAAUAUCUUUCAAAGUAACAAUUACAUUUGGGGAUUAAGUUUAAGUAAUUGACAGUCUUGUCUUUUUAAUUAAAAGGAAUAAAGCUCCCUAAGAAGAGCUCAGUGAGAUUUGCGGCAGAAGAUGUUGGCAGGUGCCCCAAAGGGUGAGAAGACCAGGAUCCUGAACGGACAGAAAAUGCUGAUGCGGGUCCCCCUGGCCUUCACAGCACACCCCCAGCAGGGCUCGCCUUGGUAUUUGCAUCAGGGUGGCGUUUAGCAGGAGGGUACAGAUCUGCUGUAGGGCACAUUACGGGGUGUAGCCAGGAAGGAGGUGCUUUCUCUGGGACCUUUGCUCCAAGUUCAGAGACUUUACACUGACCAAGAGUUCUUAAAGGAAGUGGCCCUACUUAAAAGUCAAAAAGAAAGAAUACGUUUUCUUCCAAGAAUUCAAUCGUACUGCAGUCUCAGCCCCUGACAAAUUUCCUACUAUAGCCCUGCAAAAAUAUGAUCUUUCAUUUUAGCCUGUCCGUAGGCUCUCUCUUUCCUUUUCACCUGAAAUUUUUUUCUUGUUAUCUGAAUUUCUUGAUUUUCUCUUUCUCUAACUUUUCUACCAUAUUCACCUUGCAUUAUGUUUACAGUUUAUCCUUGACAUCUUUCGAAUAAAACCAAAGAAAAAAUUUUUUUUUAAUUUUUUACUGAAGCAUAGUUGACUUACAAUGUUAGUUUUAGGUGUACGGCAAAGUGAUUCAGUUAUACAUAUAUAUAGUAUAUACAUAUAUAUAGUAUAUAUAUACAUAUAUACUAAAGAAAAGGUUUUGAUAGUAUUACCAUUCACUUCUAAACACUAGCCAUGCAUGCACCACACAGCCAUUAUCCCAUCUAUCUAGAGGAAACAUCUGCUUCUGAAGAGGCAAGAUACAAAUUAACGUUAGUAACAACUUCCCUUGUACAGUCACUCUGUCCCCAUAAUGGUCUUUCAUCAUCACAAGUCAUUUGUACUAAACAAGCACUUCCUUAGGGAGGAAAAAUCAGCUUAAGUGGUCCCACCUCACAUCUCCCCUUGUCUACUGCUGUGAAGAAACUCCCCUGCCAAGUAAGAGCACAGCUUGUCACAGUGGGCUUGGAAUUCCUGUAUAAGGUGUUCACUUGUACACAGAUAUGGGACGGGGGUAGGCAGACCACUCACUAGGACUCCACUAAGAACUGUCAGCUUAUAUCCACUGCAAGUUAGUGGGGAGAGAGACCUUGCAAUUGGAUCAUGACUCCUAAUUGGACCCUGGGGGGCUGAGCACCAUCAUAGUUUAGUGCACUGUUUUACUUAUCACAAUGCUGGUCGUGAAAGAAAACACUUCCCACGUCUCUGUAACACAUGUGUACCUAGACAUGACCACUAACAGAGUGUCUUUAUUAUAAAUCACAGCUAUCAGUCCAUUCUGCUUUAUCUGUGCCAUACUCACAUGGGACAUGCUUACUUCACCACUCACCUUCUAAACCUUGCAUUUGCAGUAGGAUUUUUAAAAACUGCUAAGAGGACAUUGAGGACAUUGUCUGAGUAACAUCCUGUGAUUUAAAAAAAAAGCAGUAAGAGAUGGCUGUGCCUUGGCUGAGCGGCCAUCCUGAGUACCAUCCCAUCCUCCAGCCCACACAUCACCAGGCAUUCCCAGCCAUGUUCUCUGUUGGAAAGUCGCUUGGCCAUUCUGAUUAUAUGUGUGGAUGUUUGGAGGGCAGAAACAGCUAAGGAAAAAAAGAGAGAGA